UAGCCCAUGGGGCAGGGCCAUGCUUGGGCCUUACUUUUUAAAAUUUGAGCCUGGUCCAAUUCAGCCAAUAGUCUAAAGGCCAUGGGCUUGGCCCACAGUCCGGCUCAAAGCUUCUUUCCGAACAUAAGUCGUCCAUCUUAGGAGUUAGGACUAUUCACUUUUAUGAGAUUAGAGUAGCAAUGAUGAAUUUAUCUCCGUAAUUAGACAAUUAGACCUUUGAUAACACUUUGAUAUUUUGAUUAUUUUUAAGAUUUUCAUGACUUAAAACAAAAAAAAAUGGAUAAUUUGAUCCAAUUUCCAGUUUCCACAACUUGAUUCUGGCAAUUUAGCAAUGAUCAUAGCUUCCAUAACCACCCCACCACCCCACUCUCUCCCUUCCUCCGCCGCAACCACCACCACCAACAACAACCAUGUCCACCACCUUCUCUCUCUCCUCAACCACUGCUCCUCCAUGACUCAACUCAAACAAAUCCACGCCCAAACACUGCGCACAACCCCACUUCACCACCCUAAACACCUCCACUUUCUUUACAGCAGACUCCUGCACUUCUCUUCUUCCUCUGACAUUCACUAUUCUCUUACACUUUUCUCCCAAAUUCACAACCCUAAUUCCUUCAUUUGGAAUACCCUUAUCAGAUCUUGCGCAAUCAGUAAUACCCAUAGAAGACUAGCCUUUCAAUUUUACUGUAACAUGUUGAUUGAUGGGAAUGUUAACCCAGAUAAGCAUACUUACCCUUUUGUUCUUAAAGCUUGUGCUUACUUGCUUGAUGAAUUUGCAGGUAAACAGAUUCAUACCCAUGUUUUAAAACUUGGGUUUGGGUCUGAUGUGUAUGUUAAUAACAGCCUUAUUCAUUUUUAUGCUUCUUGUGGGUACUUGGAUUGUGCACGUAAGGUGUUUGAUGAAAUGCCUGAACGAAGUGUUGUAUCGUGGAAUGCGAUCAUUGACGCGUUUGUUCGGUCCGGGGAGUUUGAUGUGGCGUUGAGGUUGUUUAGAGAGAUGCAGGGUUGGUUUGAGCCUGAUGGGUAUACACUGCAGAGUGUUAUUUCUGCUUGUGCUGGUUUAGGAGCUUUGUCUUUAGGGGUUUGGGCUCAUGCUUAUGUUUUGAGGGUUUGUGAUGCUAAGCUGGGUAGUGAUGUUUUGCUGAAUAAUUCAUUGGUGGAAAUGUAUUGUAAAUGUGGGAUGUUGGAUUUGGCUAAGCAGGUGUUUGAUGGGAUGGUUAAGCGUGAUGUUAAUUCGUGGAAUAACAUGAUUCUAGGACUUGCUAUUCAUGGAAAAUCUAUGUUGGCGUUGGAACAUUUUGAUGAAAUGACGAAUGUUGAGGGGAUAUUGCCGAAUGCAAUUACAUUUGUUGGCAUUUUAAGUGCAUGUAAUCAUGGUGGCAAGGUUGAAUUAGGUCGCGAGUAUUUUGAUAAAAUGGUUAGAUAUUACUCCAUAGAACCUCGGCUAGAGCAUUAUGGAUGCUUGGUUGAUCUUCUUGCUCGUGCAGGAUUAAUAGAAGAAGCUUUAGAUAUUGUAACGAACAUGCCCAUGAAACCUGAUGUGGUUAUAUGGAGAAGUCUUCUUGAUGCUUGUUGCAAGAAAAAUAAAGGCAUACAACUGAGUGAACAAGUGUUUGAAAAGAUCCUUGAGGCUGAGGGAGAAACCUCCAGUGGUGUUUAUGUGCUUCUCUCCAGGGUUUAUGCCUCAGCAUCUCGAUGGGAUGAAGUUGGUCUUAUAAGAAAGUUGAUGGCUGAUAGAGGUGUAAAGAAAGAACCUGGCUGUAGUUCCUUGGAAAUUAAUGGCGUUCAUCAUGAAUUUUUCGCAGGGGACACUUCUCACUCUCAAACGGAGGACAUUUACCGGGUUCUGGAUGUGAUAAAUGAGAAACUUCACUCGGCAGGAUAUAGGCCUGACAUUUCACAAGCACCCUUGGUGGAUGGUGAACAUGAGGAUCAAAAGCAAGAUGCACUUAAGCUACACAGUGAAAGACUUGCCAUUGCAUUUGGACUCCUAAAUCUGAAACCUGGUGUUCCCAUUCGCAUAUUCAAAAACCUUCGUGUCUGUAAUGACUGUCAUGAAGUCACCAAACUGAUAUCUAAGAUAAUUGGUGUUGAGAUUAUUGUGAGAGAUCGAGCUCGAUUCCACCACUUCAAAGAUGGUAUUUGUUCAUGUGCAGAUUACUGGUAAUAUAUGGUCUAUUUGAUACA